AUGAAAGACAAAGUCGUCGUUGUCACGGGCGCGGCCUCAGGCAUUGGGCUCGAGACCGCGCGACUUCUCGCAAGCAAAGGCGCCAAACUUUCUCUCGCGGAUGUGCAGGAAGAUUUAUUGAAAGAGUUGGAAGCUGAACUCAAACAAUCAGGAGCUGAUGUUGUAACCCACGUGGUGGAUAUCAGGGACCGCAAGGCUGUCGAAGCUUGGAUCGCUGCAACGGUCGAAAAGUUUGGCAAGCUGGAUGGUGCCGCCAAUCUUGCAGGUGUCACAGGAAAGCAAUCCAACGCCGUUGAGAUUGAGGAUAUUGACGACGAUGAUUGGGACUUGGUCAUGGACGUGAACGUCACCGGCCUUCGCAACUGUCUCCGAGCUCAGGUGACGCAGUUCAACGAAGGAGCUGCGAUUGUGAAUGCUUCCAGUAUCCUCGGCGUGAUAGGCGCACCCAAGAACUUGGCGUAUUGUGCGUCAAAACAUGCUGUUGUUGGUAUGACCAGAGUUGCGGCGAAGGAGCUUGGGCCAAAAAAGAUUCGCGUCAACUGCAUCUGCCCAGGGCCGAUUGACACGCCUAUGCUGCGAAACGCGUCUGCGAUUCAAGGCCAUGCGACAGACUUCAGUUUCCUUCCACUUGGACGAAAGGCGCACCAGAAAGAAGUGCCGCCACUCAUCGAGUUCUUGUUGUCCGAUGCGUCGUCCUUUAUAACAGGAAAUGCGAUGCAGAUUGAUGGAGGAUGGUUUUGCUAG